UUGUAUUUUACUCGAGUUACUAUCUACUCCUUAAUGAUCUCUGUUUGACUUGGCCUUGCUCUUCUUGUAUCUCUCUCUCUCUCUCUCUCUCUCUCUCUCUCUAAAACACCUGCUCUGCUCAUCGUCUGUGACUUCGAGGGUUCUACAGGUUUUGGAAAAUUGCAACUGAGAUCCUGGAUCCUAGUUAAUUAUAGGGUUUAUACUGUUGAUGUGAGAGACUAGUUUUAUAUUGUGAACAGCCAAAUCAAGCUGUGAGCUGUAUGAGGGACUUUAUUCUUGACUUUUGAGCACUUGGCUGAAGGGUUGUUUUGUUACUUUGCGGAGGUAUUUGAUUUUGUUGCUGACCAAUUCCUGCUAUUCUGUUUGGUUUUUGCCUCUAUGGUUGAAGAAUUCGUUGGCAGCUUCUUCUUUUGCCAAGUCCUGAUUGCUUAGAUUCUUGAACAAAUACAUCACAUCCCAUCUCAAAAUUUGCUGUGAUUGAUUGUUUCCGCAAAUUUAAUUUAGGUUUCUUCUAAGUUGCUAUGCUAAGACCAAAUUAAUUUCAUAUUUAUUUUGUGGCAAAACAAAAGGGUGUUCUUGAAUUGUUGUCACUUGGCGGUGUAAGUUAGGAUCAGCUAGAGAUUAAGAUAGAUAGAUUGCUGGCUUGGUAGUAAAGACAAAUUCAAUGGGUUCGAUCGAAAAAACUGUUUAUUAUUGCUGUGUAUCAAAAUCAAAAGCAAUGGGUGGCCGAAUUUUGUAUGCAUAUAGUGGUGGAGAGCAUGAAAUUGAGAGCAUGGCUGCAUUGUGCUUGGAAAAGGUCCCUCCCUAUCACAAAUGGUAUUUUCAGACAAUGGGUAAAAAGACUUUUGGGUUUCUCAUAGAAGAGGGUUAUGUCUAUUUUGCUAUUGUGGCCGAGGGCAUUGGUAACUCAGGGAUUCUUCAGUUUUUGGAACGUGUUCGUGAUGAAUUCAGGAAGGCAGCUAAGAAGGGCUCAAGCAGAAGUAUGUCAAGCCUGAGCUCACUCUGCAUACAAGAGCAGCUAGUGCCAGUUAUUCAUCGUUUGAUUACUUCCAUAGAGCAUGUUUCUCAAACUAGUAAUGAAUGGCCAGCAGAGGCUUCCUUCCCACAUCAUCAUGCAGGCCUCUCUCCUUCACCCACUAAUGAUGCGAAUGGUCAAACUGAAAUUGCCGCUUCCACGAAAGCGCCUUUAUUGGGAAAGUCUAGCAAGCACGAGAAGAGCAGGAAGAAGAUGAUGAUGAAGGAUCAUGUGAUUGCAAUGAGAGACAUUGAGUUGGAGGAGCACCGAAAGUCUACAGAUAGAGUAGUGAAGGUUGAUACAGGAACUCUGGAUUCCAAUAGCCAGAGUGGAGCGGUUUCUGGAAAUGCAUCAGUACCGAAGGAUAUGGGUCCUUCUCUAAUGAGGACUAGGUCAGGUAACCAAAACAUGCGAAAGAAGUGGUGCCGCCAAGUAAGGAUUGUUCUUGCAAUUGAUGCAGCUGUAUGUUUGGUAAUGUUGGUGAUUUGGUUAAUCGUUUGUGGUGGUACUAAGUGCCUCCAUUGAAAUUGCUAUCUUUUUUUCUCUCUUUUCUGAAUGAGGAGCCGGAAAGUUGCAGUUGAAAUUUUUAAAAAAAUUUCAUAUCAAUAAUAUUCUUUUUGGGAAUAGGUCUCCCACAGAGAGGAUGAUCAAAUGAAAGCAACAAAUUGGUCUUAUCCAUGGGGGCUUAGUGUCUAUAUAUAUGUAUAUAUAUGAAGGUACGAGCUCCACAAUUACGCAGUUCAUGGCAUCACAUUUAGAAACUUUUCUAUACAGUUGUGAAGCAUUUAUGCAUAUGUUUGAAUGUAACAUAUUUAGAAGUAUGAGUUUGUAUGGUUGCAGUUAUGUACUGAUCUUGUUGUAGUUAAUUAGCUCUCUUUUCAUAAUGGAAGAUUUUAUAUUAGGUCUCUUUGCAUUGCAUGUA